UGCAAUGCGCUUGUGGAAUGUGAAUGCUUGAGCAGCUCGAGUUCUUGCUGCGUUCUCACGUGUACCGUAAUCUCAGACGUACAACUCAAUUUUAGGCGCGCUGACUCUGCGGACUAUGGCACUCCGCUGCAGUUUCGGAACCACACCUGCGGAGAGCAAUACAAAAUCAGAAAAACAAGGUCAUGGCUGUCAGCUGCUCGAAGUGAAGCGGUGAAGCUCGCUCAAGCCACCAAUAGCACCAAGCCGGGGAGGACAUUCAACGCAGGUGCGGUUCGCCAGACUGGUGUUUAUGGCAAGCACGUGGUUUCAGCGUCUCCGUGCGCCGGCUAUGACCCAACGCAGCAGAUCGUCGUCACACGCCGAGCGACGCGCCGUCACGCACAGCUGCGUCCGCUUCUCCGCCGUCGUCUGAGUGUGAUCGUAACCACCACGUAGUAAGUACUACGAGUACUGCUGCCGUACUAAGUGGCGAAAGUGCGCGCGUUUUCUUCCGUCAUGGCCUGGUUGGCACUUCGAGGUAGCGGCCGAAUGGUCGUCGUCCUGGCCGCUGCCGUCUCGCUGCUCGUGCUGCUCUACGUGGCGCGGAUAAGGACUUCGCGGCCCGCUCUGGUGAGCCUGCGACAACUGCUGGACGCCGGCGUGGCCGCCGCGGAAGCGGGCGGUGACGAAGUGCGGCGCGUGCGCCUCAGCAACCGCCUCGCGCAGCAGAGCAAAGGCAAGACGCGCGAAGGCGCCGAUGACCCACUCACGGCGGGCGACCUCAGCUCGCACCGCGUCAUGUACGGCGGUCUGUCGGCGUCUUUUCCGGGACUCUCGAUCAUCUCAGAGGAACGCACUGAAGGAGACCGUGACGCAGCCGCUAAUUUGCAGUCCAGAGCACGCACUUUGGGAGGCUUGAUUGGAGAUGACGUCCUUGUUCCAGCAGAGGCCAUCACAGUGUGGAUUGACCCAUUAGACGCUACUCAGGAGUACACAGAAAACCUGCUUGACUAUGUCACCACCAUGGUCUGUGUGGCUGUGCACGGCUCGCCAGUAAUCGGCGUCAUACACCAGCCCUUCCUCAACAAGACAACUUGGGGCUGGGUUGGCCAUGGGAGCAACGUCCAUUCCCCUGCUCAAGGUGACGCAACCGAGACUCGUACGGUUGUGGUGUCACGAUCUCACCCCGGGGAAGUUCAAGCUCUGGCCAAGAAGGCCUUUGGCCCAGAAGUCAAAGUAGUGCCGGCUGGGGGUGCAGGCUACAAGGUGCUACAGCUGGUGGAAGGCCAUGCAGACGCAUACCUGCACAGUAGCGCAAUCAAAAAGUGGGACGUGUGCGCAGGCAACGCCCUCCUCGCGUCACUGGGAGGCCACAUGACCGCACUCGACGGCACGCCUCUGAGCUACAGCAUAGAGGCCACGCCGGUACAUCUGGGAGGCCUCCUGGCCGCUCUGAGCAAUCACGGACAGAUGCUGGACUCCGUGCGCAAGGCUCGUGCAAAGGCUUGAGGCCAACACGGACACCAUUAUGUCAAGCAAGCCGUCAGGCGACUGGAUUGCCGCUGGUGGACAAUGACAAACAUUGAGUUUCCUACAAAGGUUAUUAGUACAGGAAAAUCUGGCACUGCGAUAAUUCAGCUACUAUGAGAAUGAUUGGUAAAAGAUGGAUUUGUCCAAUCUUCGUGCGUGCAGCUUCGUAUGUUCUUCUGGCUGUAUUUACCAUGCAUUAUUUUUCAAAAUUUCCGACCAAUCACAUUGUUCGAUGUGCACGCAGGCAAUAAGUCUCUGGACACAUGCAUACUCAUUGCGAAUCACCGCAUUUGUAACUCAGCAUUUCGUUGAAAAUGAUCAAUUUGCAAUGUGGCAAAGUCGUUUGAUGCCAGAAGGAUGAAGUUUAGGUAAAUCGAUGUACUAGUACCCUAGCACUUCCAUGCUGGCUGAACUACCGUACCUGUUGCUUAUGCAGACGACAGUGUCAGUUUCCCCUAGAGCAAUUUUUCUAGGUAACUCCCGAUGCCAAAGGAGCAGAAGGCUUUGAUGUGGUGACCUAGAAUGCAAGCUGGCAGAUCCGUUUUGCAGACGAAGCUCUGAAGCAGUGAUGACAUAGGCAUUACUUCUGGGAUUCUGAUAAGAGGCUGCUGUUGCAACAGUGCAAGUUGCGAAGAUGCGAAGCAGACGACACAUACAGAAGGCAAUUAAUAGAAAAAGUGUGGUGUGCCCUGUCUUUUUCCUUGUCUCUUGUGUUGUCUGCAGUGCCGCUUUCAAGUGAUGGAACUUGAAAUAACUCACCAACCUUAAGCUUUGUUGCAAUACAAGUCAGAUUUAAUAGAAAGAAACUACAUCUUGAUGUUCACAUUACACUUUUUAUGUGCACUUGAAUAUGUGUGGUGGAACUGUAAGCUGGUAGCAAGAAAAAGAAAAGCAAACAAUAGCAGAGACCUGUAUUUACUUUUUGCAAUAAUGUUAAAACAAUCAAGUGCUCUUCAUUAUAUGAAGAUCCAUUAUCUUUGUUUAUGUAACAGCAACAUACAGCUCAGUCUAGCCUGUGCAUUAAUUAUCGUUAGUUUCUUUUACAUGCCUUUCAGAGGCAUGGCACUGUGCGGGGAAAAGCUCAUUUUCCUUCAGUUGUAGUUAAAGAGGCCUGCUCUAAAGAAUUCUCUGGUGAAAUAAUGUGACCAUGUCCACGCUGUUCAUCCUGAUAGCUGUAUGCUAGGUCACCGUAGCAGCACAAAAGCAAAAAGUGACUUAAAACAUCUCUCUUUAUAGAAAUUCACCGUAACAAAAAGGAGCAGCGGGAACACUAUUUACCAAAAGGAUUGCCAGUGGGACUCGAUGAUGAAUGUUGAAAGUGGAUGUGCCUAUGACUGGCGUAAGGCAUUUAUCCUUCUCUUGCGGUGAAAUUUCCUAGGGCUCUGUUGUCCCUGCAUAAUGAAGUUAUCGUGCCAACACUGAACACUGGUCAGCGCACAUUUUAGUCAUGCUGUGGGUGAUGUAGAAAUAGAAUGCGCGUCUUCGACAGUUUCACCGUGUGAACAAACUCGCCAAGCCUGGCGCAGCUUGUAUAUCCUCUUUGAUAGCUGACUCCAGCAGAUAACUCGUGUCUAGUCUGUGGUAGCCUUGUUUGCUAACCAUGGUUGGUUUGUGUCUGGAAAUGUGUGCUAAAUUACCUGUUUGAGAGAAGAAGACUUAAGUGUACUAAGUUCGAUCGUGAAUGUGAUAUAUAUAGCAUAUAUCUAUAAAAUACAGUGUAUUUACUAGUUCCUUUUGGUUCGUAGGCAAGAAGGGGUUCCACCAUUUUAGACCAUUUUAGUAGUGUUUAUGCUAAAGUGUUACAUACGCAGCAGGCAUCACAACAGGUCUAUAGAGCCUAUGUGCACAGUAUUCUACACAUGCACGUUAAAAGUACAAUUGCAAGCAAAAGGCCAUGGCAUCAACAAAAAAUUUAAAUUUCUUCUAGCUGAGCCGUGCAACUUAGAAUUUUCUCAAUAGAUUGCACUGAUCGGACAGGUGCAUGUAGGCUGUAGCACUUAGCAGACUAUAGCACUUAGCUGACUUAAGUAAAACCUGCAUGCAUAGGCUGCAAAAAAAUUUUUUUCGUGACAUCUGUGGUCCUCAAACGUUUGCUCGUGACUGUGCGCUAUCUCGUAGUGUACACAAGUCUUCUGUUCUUGUGUGUGCAGUGUGCUAAAUUUGUUUUCUAUUGUCAAGUAAUAGAAAUGCCACUGAGGUGCAGUGGAUGGCAGAAAGCAUUACGAGCAACAGCUGAUGCAUCUAGAUCCAACGAAUAUGCAACUUGUUACACCACUUGCCUUGUUCUACUCUUUCACUGCACAGGGAAUUGAUAGGGUUAUGCUAGAUCUGUAUUCAUUGUGUACUGAGGUACAAGUGCUUCUAGUAAUGUCACUUUGCUUUGAAAAGGUCGUAUAUUUGCAAUUACAUACUAAGUUGCUCUGUGAAUUGAAAGUGAUGGAGCAUGGUGCUUAUACAUAAGAAUUUGUUGUCGCUCAAUCGUGUGUAACACUAGACAUAUUCUGUGCAUUCAUGGCGAUACCAGCGCUGUUGUUGCUCAUAGUGAUAGGAACUGCCAGUUUCCAAUAUACCAUGUGGUGUUCUGUUUUUCUUUUUUUUUUUUAGAGCUAAAAUUUUUUUAAACAUCACCUUUGGCAGAUACUAGCACUAUCCUAACCCUUGACCUGUACUGCUCAAGGGUUAAUAAUUUCUUGCAAUUACUUGUUCAAGAAGCUGAAAUGCAUAAUCGACUGAUUACCAAAUGUUCACUAAUAAGCUUUCUAACCAAUUCAUUUAGGGCACACACUGCAAUUUACAAACUGAAGCCGGUGAACUCUCAAGGUGCACUAGCAUCAGAGAUAAGUGCAGUCGAAGCUGAAGGUAAAAUGAACUUUUGUUACUUUUUUUUAACAAAGCACCUUUUGUAUACACAGUGAGACAAAACUGGAGCACCUUUGCAUUUCUUUGUAGACUUUGGGCAUGCUCGUCUCGAAGCUGGUGCCAUCCUCAUAAUUAAUUCCAAGUGCAUGUGCAUUGUAAGUUCACCAGCGACAAGUCAGUUGCAGUAUUUACCCUAAAGUAAUCAGUUUGCAAAUUUUGCAAAUUAGUCGAUUAUGCAUUUGGCUCCUCCUGCAAAUAAUGUCUGCCUGUUUGGGUGAUUCAGCUCCAGGAGCCUAAUUGUGCCACUUGCCACAGAAAAUUUUAGAAAAUUCUGUUAAUGCUAAAAAAACACCCAUACAAGUUAAUGUACAAUGCACUUGGAUCGUAGCAAUGUAUUCCAGUUACUUUUGAUGCACACAACAUGUGGAAGUUGAAUCUAAGGACAUAAUCUUGCAGCAACUGUUAUAUAGUGUUCAAUCUAACUUUUGGAUGCUCAGAAACGACUUGCACGAAUGUGAAUUUUUCACUGUUACUCUAUGUUCACUUCCUUUUUAAAACGUUUGUGCCACUCUGUACAACACGAUUGUUUUUUGACAAGAGGUUGUUCUUGUGAUAACAGGAAUACUUCAGCAUAAAUGUAAUUGCGUGCAGUGUUAUGUGUGCAGUGUUGUAUAUUGCCUGGCGAAACACGUAUAGUGCCAAGUGUUCAAAGUGUACUGCAACGGUGCUACGUAAUUACACUAUACCGGAACUCGCCUAACAGCUCAGUUUUCUUGGUUUCAGUAGGUAACUACAUCUGUAUUACUGUACCCUUUGUUUGUUUAAAGUUUAGUGCUUUAUCAAUGAUCCAUGCAUAAGAGAGGCUGUGUCAAGGCAUAUUGGACAACUUAAAGCUUCUUGUAUAUAUGUGUAGUUGCAUAUUUCCAGCUUUAAUUAUGUGUUUCUGGGUGUCUGGGUGCGUUGUUAGAUGUAGCACUGUAUGACACUCAGUUGUUGAUAUUCAAGACUGCCCAACAUGGGCAGUUCAAGAUGCGCAUGAGGUUUAGUUUGCAUCACUUCUUAAAUGCUCUUGAAAACUGUCAUGCUUGUUUGAGUCUAGGGGCACCAUACGAAAGCUGCAGUUUGGAAAGUUCCAAUCUCGGAAAUGUAGCUUUGUAGGCAUAUUGUACAUAAAUCAUGUGUCUAUAGUGAUUUUCCCCUUUGUGCUGUGCGUGUACAGCUGUCACUUUCGAUUAAAAUUUUGUUUGCAUUAUA